AUGCCAGAACAUACGGGGCCAAAGACGAAAAAGCCAGUCGGAUUAGGAAAACACAGUCCGAAGCAACGCAAGAAGGCCGACCAACAGUGGAUUGAUGACGAGAAUGAACUAGAAAGUGGGGUGAAAAACAGCGGGGGAAUAUCGGAGCAUAGGAACUUGCCCAGGGCUGAGGUUUCGAGAUGGGCGACGGCGGUUUCUUCCUGUUGUUUGGGACUUGGAGCCAGUAAAGACAGGAGGGCUGGAUUCGGAAAAGGGCGCCGCGCCGCGUCGGGAACAGGACUUCGGAUCCUCGAUCGUAGUCAUCCCGUCGGCGAUCCAUCGCCGCGGAGCACGGGGCAGCUGAUUAGUUCCGGAGUUGGUAUGGCACAAACCAUUAACAAUGGGAUCAUGAAAAUAACGAUGCCUCACAACAGACGGAAAGCUGAGCAACACGACAGCUUGAACACGGAACUUCAACAACUUCGAACGCCAUUCUGCGCUUUUAGCGUCGUUUUCCUUGUGCUUUCAAGGAGGCCUAUAUACGCGGGGUUAAAAUCGUUGGGCGGGACGAACGACGAAAAAACUGAGGGGAACUAUGUCAGCGUUGCGCCAAGCUUUUCCCUCGAAGAUGCUCGGGGCAUCACUCAGCGUAUUGACAAAGGGACAACCAUCUAUCUUGCGUCACAGCAACCCAAUCCUGUGCCAUCGGCCGGGCCGAUUCGUUUACUCGAACUAGACGAGCCUGGCGGUCCAUAUGUCAUCUGUGCGUUGGCUGAGAGUAAACAAAGUUUCACUGAACUUUGUACUGUCACAGAGGUUCUUUCAUCGGAGAGGGAGAAGGCUUCUUAUUACUUACUGUACAGUGCAGUGUUUGAUAAGGGAACGAAAAAAGAUGAAGGUGGAGACCCAUACGCCAUUGGCGCAACAACGAAGGCGUCAGUUCAAUGGGUAGAAUGUGUAAGAGGUUUGUGGGGGGAUGGCGCUGGUGGGAAGGCGUGCACCGACGGAAUAAUCAAACUUGCACCGUCCUCCGUCGAGUGGGCUCUAGUCACCACGUUACGGAUCAUCCGUGGUGUUCGAGUGACUGUGUCAAGAUGGGAGGGAAUCACUCGCAUCCUCGGGGAUAGAAAUGCGACAUCAUACCUGCCCAACGCCGACUGUUUGGCGUUGGGCGCGUUCAAUUAUAAAGCUGAUCUGAAGAAAUUGUUCAAGGAUCGCUAUAAAUCCAUGGAGUAUCGGGAGAAUUUCUGA